AUGAGGAGGAGAAGGAUGGUUAGGGGAGGAGAAGUGGGUUCGUUGGCGGAGUUGUGUGAGCUCAUGAGGACUACCUUUGUACCAAAGUCCUAUUUCCUCCGACUUCGAGGGGAGUUUCAUGAUUUGAAGCAAGGGACGAAGAGCGUAAUGGAGUACUACUAUGAACUCCUAUCAUUGAUGAGCAAGGUAGGGGUGGAGGAGCGAGAAGAGGCGACUCAAGAUCGAUUUAUCCAUGGCCUUAACAUCAACUUGAAGCACAAGGUGCAAGUGGAGGCGUUGAGGGGAAUUUCCUUGGAUGAGGUGAUUGGGUUUGCCGACACUUUUGAGAGGCAAAGUAAGGAGUUGGUUUCUAGCCGGGCUAAAUGGGCGUCUAGCCAAACCGGAGGGACGGGGACUAGCAAGUGGAGCGCUCCCGGCAAGAAGGUGGAAAACAUGGCUAAUCCAAAUACCCAAGGGAGAUCGAUCGUUAAGGCUUUACCGGGUACUCAACCUAUUAAAGCUAUAGCCCCUAUGGAAGACAAGAAGGUUCAAUGUUUCAAGUGCAAGGGGUAUGGCCAUUAUGCACGUGAGUGCCCAAACCAACGGGUAAUGGUUAUCGGGCAAGAUGGUAGCGUGUAUAGUGAGGAAGAUGAAGAAGAUGGGGAGGGUGUGGGCACUAAAGAAGUGAGCCCGGACACCGACAUAGCUUUUUCUAGUGGCGAAGAUGAAGAUACACCCUUAAGGGCUAUGGUUGUACUCCGAAUGCUCAAUGUACAACCCAACCUUGAGGAGCAUAAGGAGCAAAGGUGCAACAUCUUUCAUAUGAAGUGUAAGGUGAAGUCCAAGACGUGCUUGGUCAUCAUAGAUGGAGGGAGUUGUACAAAUGUGGUGUGUGACCGGUUGGUGGCCAAGUUGGGAUUGAAGGUACUUAAACACCCAAACCCCUACAAAUUGCAAUGGUUAGGGGAUUCCGGGGAGUUGAAGGUGAAGGCUCAAUGCCAAGUUCCAUUGAAGAUUGGGGAAGUUGAGGAAGAAAUCCUAUGUGAUAUCAUUCCUAUGACGGCAUGUCAUGUUUUGCUAGGGAGGCCAUGGGAGUUUGAUAGAAGGGCCUACAAAAAUGGCUUCACGAAUGAGUAUUUCUACAUGCUCAACGGGUUGAAGGUUCGUUUGAAGCCAUUGCUACCUAGUGCCGUGUUUGAGGCUAGCCAACAUCUACAAAAGGAAAGAGAGAGAGAUAGGGAAAAAAGGCUAGUAGAAGAAUGUGAGCUAAAAAAGCCAAGUGAGAGUGGGGGUGGUGAGAGAAAAAUAAAAGCGCCCAAAGGAGAGCACCCACAAACAAGAGAAGGAAAGGAAUGUUUGAUAGCUAGUAAAACCGACCUUGGGUGGGCACUAAGCAAUCACCUCUCCGUUCUCCUCAUGGUCCGUAAGGAUUUGUGCUUAGCUACUAACCUUGACCCGUAUCCUUUGAUUGUCCAAAGUGUGUUGCAGGAAUUUGAAGAUGUAUUCCCGGAGGAACUCCCGAGUGAACUCCCUCCCAUGAGGGGGAUCGAGCAUCAAAUUGACAUUUUACCGGGAUCAUCACUCCCAAACCGGGCCGCAUACAAGGCAAACCCCAAGGAGACACAAGAGCUACAAAGGCAAGUCGAGGAACUUCUUGCCAAAGGUCUAAUUCGUGAAUCUCUAUCUGCUUGUGCCGUACCCGUCAUUCUUGUACCUAAGAAGGACGGAAGUUGA